AUGCGAGAGCUGAAGGAGGAGGAGGAGGAGGAGGAAGAGGUGCUGGAUUGGAGUGAAGUCAGGGUUCCAAAGAGAUUCAUUGUUCAGAUUGAGCAGCAUCUGGCUCUUGACAAAAGCAGUGUGAAUUAUUUAAUCCUUUGUUUCCUCGCUUGUCAUGGGAUGGUCAUGACGUCGGUAUUGGUCCUUGCAGAUGAGAAGGACGACGUUGUCAGCAGCAGCUGCACAGUCCUGGCUGUUGCUUGGCUGACCUAUUUCGUCCUCAUCCAGUCGCUUCAGAACUCUUUCCUUCACACCGGAUGGCUGCAAACCGCUGUCGGCAUGUCAGGCUCGGCCAGCGUCGUCCUCGCCGUGUUCGCGUCCAUGUUCGUGGUCCUGGAGUACCCGGACUUUGGAGUGCUGUUCGGGACGAUGUCCGUGGUGUCAAACCUUGUUUCUGUGUCAGGCUCGUGCUGUUGGGAGCUGUACUUCCUAACGCACGACAAGAUCAGUGAGCUGCACGACUCGGUGAAGUGGGGUCUUGUCAGCAUGGUGGUGCUGUGCGUGGGGCUCGACCUGUCGUUCAUCUUCUUGGAGAUCUACGGUCAGCUGAUGUUGACGUUCUUCGUAGCUUGCCUGGUUGCUGUGCUCCUCCCGUUGCUGUUCUUGCCCAAGGGCAUCAAGGUCCCUUCCGUAGGUGAGGAGCAAGUCGACCUAGUCCUUCAUGUCUUUGGCAACUUUCUGGUCAAACAUAAGGCGGAAGCGGAUCAAAAGAUCUACGAUCACUUGCAAAAUGCUAGAAAAUUUGCUUCAAACUUGCACGGGAUUGUGUGUAUGGAGGACAGGCUGUACGUGAUGCUUGCAGGGUAUGCCUUCAUUGCCAACAUCUAUUUAUCCGCAAGGCUCCUGGAAGACAACGACUUCAAUCUUGGCCUCUUUUCCUGCCUGUUGAUGUUGAUAUCGCCGAUCCUGGGAGGCCUUGUCAUAUCCAACGAUAAGCAACUGAGCAAAGAGGAAAGGAGGAGACAUUUGAAUGAGAUUUCAAUGUCUUGUCAGAGUGUUCUGAACAUGAUUGAGUCCAGUUGCGCUCAGAUGCCUACCUUGAAGGUUCUGUCUUCACCGCUGACCGCUGAUGUGGGACGAACUUCGUCGUCGGACCGUGUGAACAAGCCGUCUGACCCGCUGCAUUGCGCUGCCUCCAACGGCGCGACGGAGAGUGAAAGAGCGAAGGUGGCGGAGCUCACGUCGAAGAUUCAAGAGCUUGAGAGGAACGAGGAGAAGUUGAAGGAGGAGCGAAUGAAGUCGGCCAAGGUCGUUGAUCGCCAGAAGGAAGAGAUCGAGAACAAGAACCGAAGGAUCGCUGACCUCGAGGAGCAGAACAAGGGGUUGAAGCAGGAAAACUCCCUGCUCAGCUCGAGCAAGGCUGCCAACUCUGAGUUGAACGGUUCCAGCGAGUCGCACAUGGGGGGUCACUCAGUUGGAAAGGAGCAGAGGGGACGAGUUGGUCCGAGGGCAGAGGAGCAGGAGCAGCAGGUGAAAGCUCUUUCGCUCGAGAUCGAGGGGCUGCGGAAGAAGGUGUUAGACGCUGAAGCAGAGUGCGUGCGCAUGCGGCAGAGCCGCGAUCGCGAGUUGGAGCAGGUGAAGAGUGAGCUGGGGCUGCAGGACAAGAGGAGAGUCGAGCUGGAGGCGGAGGCGUCAAGGGUUCGUGCCAAGGCGGCAGAGCUAGAGGAACUGCUGUCGCAGAGCAACAAGAAGCUCGAGGAGGCUCUGAAGUCGGUCAAAGAUGCCAUCCAAGGGUCCAAGGAGGAGGCAAAGAUUGACGAGAAGUCGUUAAGCUCGCCUGUCCAUGUUCACCGAGUGCUGCUGGGGGCUGCAGGGGAAGGCCAAAGGACCACGUUCACUCACCCAAGGAAGUACGUGGAGCCGGCCGGACAGAAUCAGCGGGAGCAGGAGCAGGAGCAGGUUAAUCAGGCUGAGAACGGAGUGACCAUAGGGGAGCUGUCGAGCAUGUUGAUCUAG